CCAACCCUGGGGCAGACAAGAGAGUCUGUAAAUUCUUAGUCUGGGAGAUGUGGGGGGUAGUUCCCGUGCAGAGAGGGUCACCCUGACUGUUACAUCUCUCUGAGUCCCUGAGCCUCAUUUUGUCUCCAGGAUGGUGUGUGUCUUGCUCCCCAAGGAAGUCUGGAUAGAAGUUCUGGCUGUGACCCUGCUGGUGCUGAAUUCCCAGGUGGCUGCAGGCAGACAUAGCCCAGAGCACUUCACGGAGCAGUUUAAGGGCGAGUGUUACUUCGAGAACGGGACGGAGCACGUGCGGCUUGUGGUGAGAACCAUCUACAACCGGCAGGAGUUUAUGCGCUUCGACAGCGACGUGGGGAAGUUUGUGGCGGUGACGGAGCUGGGGCGGCGCAGUGCUGAGCAUUUGAACAGCCAGAAGGAGAUCCUGGAGCGGAAACGGGCCGAGGUGGACACUGUGUGCAGGCACAACUACGGGGUGAUUGAGCCCUUCUUAGUGCGCAGGCGCGUCCAGCCCGAGGUGACUGUGUAUCCAUCCAAGAUGGCUCCCCUGGGACACCACAACCUGCUUGUCUGCUCCGUCAGCGGUUUCUAUCCCGGGGACAUCGAGGUCCGGUGGUUCCUGAAUGGGCGGGAGGAGACGGCAGGGGUGGUGUCCACGGGCCUGAUGGGCAAUGGAGACUGGACCUACCAGAUCCUGGUGAUGCUGGAGAUGACCCCCCGGCACGGAGAUGUCUACACCUGCCACGUGGAGCACGCCAGCCUUCAGGAACCCGUCCUCUUGGACUGGAAAGCCCAGUCUGAGUCUGCCCAGAGUAAGAUGCUGAGCGGAGUCGGGGGCCUCGUGCUGGGGCUGAUCUUCUUUGGGGUCGGCCUCAUUGUCCACAAGAGGAGCCAGAAAGGCAAUCGGGGUUCACAACCAGCAGGGCUCCUGAGCUGAUCCCCGAGGCUGUGUCCCCUGGAGCUGUUGCCUCCCCUCUCAGCCUCCCUCUCACAUUUUUGGGGGCCCCUGCUUGUGCCCAGAGUUCCAGGAAGUUAGGCCCCUUGACCCCUUCCCCAGAAUAGCUCCUUCUCUGCACCUUCAGCUCUUCUGAACUCUCUGGGGAAUUUCCCCAACAGCCUCAGAGACCCCCUUUACCCUCCUCUCUUUCUGUAUCAAGGUUUUAUUAUUUUUGUCCCUUGAGCCUUCCCCCCAUAGUUAGGAAGCUGAGAAUCAUCUGGGACUUGGUGACACAGAGACAAAGUGGGGGAGCAGAGGGAGGAAGCUUCAGCACUUGGGAUUUGUAGCAUCUGUCAAAGUGAGAAAUGCCUCCAGAGGUGAAGAUUGCCGUCCACGCUCACCUGGUGCCUUUUGUCCGUUUCCUUCCAUAAUUCCUGCAGAGCUGAUUACCCAGCAUGCUUCUGGGUUUCUUGACAUGAAAUGAAGACCAAGUCCCUCAUGGUGUCUGCCCAGAAAUCCUUAGCUUUCCCCGUGUGAUGCCCCCCUCAUUCUGCUGAUGUUCUCCCUGGUGACUUUCCUUCUAUCACUUCUAUUCCAUUCUUCUUUGAUGAUAUGCUGUACCCUCUGGUUUCCUCUCAUGUGCCUCUCCAUUGAACUUUUAACAAAUUAAAGUUUUAGUAAUACCUUU